GGGCGUCCAAGUCUCCGAGAAAGAGUCAAUCAUCGUCCUUCAGUCACCUGAGGAAGCGAAGGAAUGAUUGACCAUCUGACCAUCUGCAUCAUCAAGAUGGCACUUCCGAUCCCAUUCCGAUCCUUCGCCAGCACGUCAAGGAAACAAGGAAGGGAGGGAGGAGGAGUACAUGGCGCACCAUUCGGCGUCGACGACGUGGAAAAGCGCAGCGUCUUAUCAAGAUUGGGGCUACCGGAAUCCGGACCUUGGGGGAAUGAGAAUGUCGUCUUAUGUAUGGACUGCAGAAAUCUGCACUCUCCAAAGCUUCUUCUUCUCCUACGCCUCCUCCUCCUCCUUCUCUUACAGCCCCCGUUGGCCCCCUCUUUAAGGACAGAAGGCUGAACCCUCACAGAUACUCUUUUGUUUCCUUCUGAAGCACAAGGAAACAAAAUCUCUCUCGGGCGCGAGCGAGCGGGCGAGCGGGCGGCAUAUCUAAGUUUUAAAUUUGACUGCUUGCCACCUUACGUUGUCAGAAUCACUCGCUCAAAGCAAGAAGGAGGAAGAGGACGAGGUGGAGGAGGAGGAGAUUCAGUGCUCGUGCCGAUCUCCGUUCGUCGAAGAAAGCUUUUCACCUCAGCGCUUGGUGAACGAUUCUCUCCAUCGUUGACCUUCUUUCCCACCUCGUCAGCUUGUGCAAACGCAUCGAGCGCCGCUACUGAGCAAACUGCUGACACCACGACAUCGAGAAAAACGAGCAGCGCACGAAAGUCCCCAUCGAUUUGAGGUCAGGUCAGGUCAGGUCAGUCGGUCGGGUCAGGUCGGGUGACUUGGGUCGACUACCCUCUGUCCCGCCUCCGCCCGUGGCGAUGGAGUGGAAAGAUAAGAGGUGCAAAAAGGACGCAGAUUUGCGGUGAAUGGAAGGCAAGAAGAAAGGAAAGAAGAAAGCGGAGGCUAAACAUAGAAAAAGGCGUUGUCUUGGAAGAGUAUAAAGUGCAUAUUCUCGUGGCAAAGAAGUGGAAAAAUUCGUACUUAGCCUCGAGAGUUUCAGAUCAGGUCAAGAACGGGGCGAAGAGCUCCGGAUUUCUGUUGGACAUGAUCCAUCAUUCGCCUCAGCGCCUAGCGGAGGAGUAGAGUGCUGGGUCUCCUUGGGCUCUCUUCUUUCUUAUCCGGUGGUACCCGAGUUUGGGGAAUCUUUUUGGAAGACCACCGCGUGCUGCUCUGCUCUUUUCAAAUUGUCUAAUUUCGUUCGGGAUCGUGCUCAUGGCUCGCGCUUGUCGAUUCUGUUGAAAGUAUCUCGCGGUGUCUCCCGAGUCGCGGGGAAGACCUUUUGUUGAUCGAGAAGGUUGGAGACAUGCAUCAGAAAAGAAAGCUUCAGCAAUGCAAAACCGGAACUUCGUCUGGUCGCUUUGACCGACGACCCAUGACGAGCCGGAGAGGGUUGAAGCGACGGUUUGUGUGCUGCUUUUUCCAAUCUUGAAAUUCCUACACGACCCUGACUUCGACAUGGAUGCAACUCUCUCCCACCCUCGCCCCAGUGCCCUGAGUCCAGUUUGUGGGCUGAACAUCUGUAUGUUGUUGGGCUCGCGUCUGUCUCAGGUAGCCACUAGCCAGCUCGCGAGGCCGCCCUACAGCCGUGCGCAAGUGGUUGACUAGCCUUUAAGGGGUUGAAUGUAUUGGAAGGAAGUUAAAUCGGAGCGACAGAGGGGGCCAAGAAUUUGUGUAGGAGCUUAUCUCGAAUCUUGCCGACAUUUUGUGCUCAGGUUCCUGUCAGCUCGCCGUCUGGACCAGCGGCGGUGACUUGUGGUCCAACUUACAGUCCCGGUCUGAAGAUAGAUCGGAAAAGGCAUGACGAUGCCUCACUUUGCGCGGUGGAAACGAAUCAGAAGACAAACUUCGAGUGUAUCGGGAAUGACAAAGAUAUGUAGUGCACAUAGGUAUACUUCUUCUUGGAGACAAUUGAAGGAAAUGCUAGCAGGCAAACGAAGAAGGAAAUUGCCAAAGGUGGAUAUGAUAGACCAUGCUGCACUUGAAAUUGAUAUUCAAAUCAGUGGCUGUUUUCUUUCUUAUGGUGUGAUGGAUGGAGUAUCCGGAGUGAACAUCAAGAUUGAGGCUAUUGCCCAUCAAUUCGAUUCUUCACAACUAGAAACCACCAGAACUGUGAAGCUAGCCAAUGGAGCUAGGAUGGUGCUAGUGGAAUCUUUGAGUAGGGUCCCAACUCUUAUAGGUGGCAAACAUAUCUUGCUAAAUUACAUGAUCAUGAGACUAGACAUGUCAUCUACUUAACUAGUGCUAAUUGACAGGCUCAUGUUGUAUGGAGCUAAGGUGACUAUUGAUUGGAAGAAGAAUGAGUUCAUAUUCAAAAAGAAUCAAUAAUAGUGUCUUAGAGAAAGGUGGAGCAUGAAGGG